GGACCGCGGGCCGCGGCCUGGGGGCCACAGCUGCCGCCGCCGCCGCCACCUCGUCUCCUCCCCGCCCCCGCCCCGCCCCGCCCCGCGUCUCCUCGCCGCCCUCGGGCCCGCGGCCGGGGUCCGUCCCCGCCGCCGCCCCCCGCGCGGAUGCCGAAGGUGAAGGCGCUGCAGUGCGCGCUGGCGCUGGAGAUCCGCUCUGUAACUUGUCCAGGAGUGGUGCUGAAAGACAAGGAGGACAUCUAUCUUAGCAUCUGUGUGUUUGGCCAAUACAAAAAGACACAAUGUGUCCCAGCCAAUUUUCCACUGGUCUUCAAUGCCAGAAUGGUGUUUGAAAAGGUGUUCCCUGAAGCAGUAGACCCUGGAGAUGUGGUUGCACAGCUUGAAUAUGAUACAGCAUUGUUUGAGUUGAUUCAACUAGUUCCACCAGUGGGUGAAACACUGUCUACAUAUGAUGAAAAUACACGAGAUUUCAUGUUCCCGGGUCCAAACCAAAUUUCUGGACACCAUGAUUCAAACCGCCAGGUUACCAUGAGGAGGAUUUCUGGCCUUCGAGGAAUUGCUCCAAAGCUGGAAUUUUCUACAACCUCAGUGAUUACUGAAUGUCUGAUAAGUUCAAGGAAGUGCCGCACUCAGGAUAAAUUUAUUUACCAUACGGCUCCAGUUGAAAAAUCACACGGCAGACUGCAAAGCAGAACAUCGAGAUCACAAAAGAAAAAAUCCAAGUCACCUGAGAGAAAUAAAUAUUGCAUAAAUGCAAAAAACUACGAACAGCCUACAAUUUCUUCAAAAUCACACUCUCCAUCUCCCUACACAAAAAGACGCAUGUGUGAGCUAUCUGAAGACACCAGGCGGCGGCUGGCCCAUUUAAAUCUGGGACCCUAUGAAUUCAAAAAAGAAACAGAUAAACCUCCAUUUGUGAUUAGACAUGUCGACCCCCCAAGUCCCAGGACUGAUGCUUUAUUUGGAUCUUCUGGCAGAGACUGUGAAAGAGAUGGAUGGUCCAGGAUGCACAAUGAGCAUUCUCAUCUUGGCUGCUACCGACCCAAGGAUUAUAAGGUUAUCAGGACACCCCAUGGGAGAGACUUUGAUGACUCUUUGGAAAGAUGUGAUGAGUACUUAAGCUCAAGGUCAUGUAGCAAGCCCCAGCAUUCAGCAAGGACCUUACUAGUCCAUUCAGCACCUUCAACAAUGCCGAAGCAUUCUCCAAGCCCUGUGUUAAAUAGAGCUUCUCUCAGGGAAAGAUUCCAUUCUGAUUGGUGUUCACCUUCAAACUGCGAUGAGAUCCAUGACCGGGUAAAAAAUGUCUUGAAAUCACAUCAGGCUCAUCAAAGACAUUUAUAUGAUGAGAGAGACCCAGAGAAGGAAGAUGAACUGGAACUGAAAAGAGGUCUUUUAUACAGAGACUCUGCCUAUGACAGUGACCCAGAGUAUAGCUCAUUUCAGCGGCCACGUGGCACUCUCCAUUUGGAUGAUGGUGAAUACUGGUCCAACAGGGCAGCCUCUUAUAAAGGAAAAUCCCACCGACCCGUCUUUGAGAACAGCAUGGACAAGAUAUACAGGAACUUAUACAAAAAGGCCUGUAGUUCCGUUUCUCAUACACAGGAAAGCUUCUGAUACGAUCCAUGAUAAACUGUAUGGGUGUCUGUGUCAACUUCUCAAUGAAAACAUUUGAUGUGAUCAAUAUCUGUAUUCUUUUUUUUUUUUUAACAGGUGGUUCUGAGUACCGUAGUUAGAAGUGAAUAAGUUCAUUGCUUCAAAUGGUAAAUUAUUCUAGGCAGUCUUCUUUUUUUAAUCACAGGAGAGAGUGCUCUCUGUUCUCAAAGUCAGAGCUCUACAUCACAAUUACAAUUUCCAAUCUGAUUAUGAGAAUGAUGUUCAGCCACACGUCUCGGGUCUCCUACAAAUCCAACAAUAGAUUCUCUCUAGAAAUGGUCUUCUGCUUUAACCACUUUGCGAUUUUCUUUUAAUCUGUUUGGUUAUUUUGUCUAAGAUUAGUAUUAACUCCCUUUUCUUGGUAAUGAGCAAAAAGAUAUACUGUACAGAAAUGAAUUUCCUAAGUUUAAACCCUGUUUUAGCUGGUAUUUUCUCAUUUCUCCCCCCUAAAAAAGACUAUUUGCACUUCUUAGCUAGUAAGAUAUAGUUUUCUUUUUAAAGUUUAUAUAUAGUCAUUCACUUCCUCUUCUCUAAAAGAACUAAGUUACCUACAAUUCAGUUAGCUAGAAAUAGCAGUGGCCAUGUGUGACCCAAAAUGUGAAAAACUGAUUUUUAAAAAUAGAAUUCUUUAUGUGAUUUUCUUUUAAGGCCAUACCUUUUGGUGCAACCAGAAUCAGAAAAUAGCUUUUAUUAGUAAGCAUGUAGAGACUCCAAGAGAAUAAAGGGAAUACGUUGUAAUUUUAAACUCUUUAGAGUUUUCAUAAGUACAGAAUGGCUCAGGAAAGUAGUAUCUUUACUUAAAAGACACUGGGAACCAUAAAGGAAAGUAAAAUAUUAUACAGAAUGUAUUGUCCUGGGAAGUCUGGUAAUUGAUAAAAUUAGCUUUUCUCCAUCCUCCAUACACACACCUGCAAGGCCAGUUAGUCUUUGAAGAUACGAAGAAAUCGGUUACCUCAUAUUUACCAGAAUAAGUGGAGGGAAAGCAGAGAAUAGAAAAUCAGUAAACUUGGCUUACAAGGUUGAAGAGUUGACUACAAGGUACUGUUCUCUCAUUGACUCCACCUUUGGUUAACUCUGUAGUUAUGAUUUAAAAGGGGAAGAAAGUGGGACUCCAUUUAAGUUGAAAUUCACAUGUGAAAUUGAGUGACUUGUUUUUGUAUUAGGAGAAAAUAUAUAAUACCUGUUAUCUAAUAAUAGGAUUUUUAAACUUCAUGUUAAGAGUGUUCUGGUAUGGAAAGUGAUGUGUUGUGAUGUGUUGGAAAGUGCAUCAUCUGUGAUGUGUUGGAAAGUGCAUCAAAGAAAGGGGCCAAGAGGUUUUGGCUUUAGUUCCAUCUGGCAGUUUUCCAGCUGACUCUCUUUAAUUCUCUGGGCCUUACUUUCCUCAGCUAUCAAAUGAAGAGAAUAAAGUGGAUCAGCAUUUCCCAAA